UUUGCCACAUACUUCAUUCCUUCACUUUUUUGAAGAAUUUAACCUCAAAUCACUGCUCUUUUCUCCAUUUAAUCGAUCUUAAAAUGUCUAUGUCCACCUCGUAUCGAUACGAAGUUGUAAACCCAAGUGCUAAAGCUUUGAAAAAGGCGUUAGAAAGACAAAAGCAGCGAAUUAAAAAUGAUGAAGCUAUGACACAGAAGGAAGAUGGAGUGAAGAAUGAUAUGAGAACAAUUCUUAUCGCUGACUGGGUGGAAAAACUGGAAGAGACAUGUUUUAAGAAGAAAGCAAGACGAAAUUCAGAAGAGAUGAAAGGAGAACUCUUCCUUUCCAACAAAGAACUAACUGCUGUUAGAAGAGCUCAACUGCAAAACUUACUCUCAAGCGAACAAGAGCAAUACACCAAAGAAUUAAACAGUCUGGAAAAGACGUUCCACACACAACGAAUAUGAAGUGUUUGUAAACUGUGAGUACCUCGUUGAGUGAAACACUUGUUGUUGUGGGGAAUAUCUCGAUAAAUCAAUAUGAAACAUAGAUUCAAAUUGACCUAAAAUUGAUCAACAAACAAACCUCACUCUUGGCACCAAUUUGGUUGCAAGAUGUAAAUAGUAUAUAAUAUAUAAAUAAUAUAUAUACAAUAGUUA